AUGUGUUUCUAUCUACUUUGGCUAUUUAAAAUGACGACAAUAAUUCCUUUUUUUAAUUACAAGAAUAUAAAAGUAUAUAAUUUAUAUGAAUCUAUUGCAAUAUCAGAUGAAAGAAAGUAAUUAUCCAAAUGAAAGCACUGAAAUUAUUGCAUAAAAGAAAAGUGUUUCAAAUAUUGGCAAAACCAUGGCAUUUGGAACUAUCAAAACUGAUGAAAUAUGUAAUUGUUAUAGAAAGAAAACAAUUUUCUGUAUUACCACAUCAAAUAGAAGAAUGCCAAACCAACUAAAGCAGCAACUAAAUGAGACGUUGAUGUCGUCAGUACAAAGCAGUAAUAAUUUCUGUAUUAUAAACUCUGCAUUGGAUCAGCCUUUUAGAUUAAUGAAAAAUGUUUUUAAAGCAAGACAAAAUAAAAAAAAUUAUGAAAAAAAUCAACAGGAUAUAAGUCAAUUUUCUAUGAAACCAAAGAGACAAGCAGUAUUACUUAAGUGUAUUCUAUUUCUGCUACUCAUGUUCCAGUUGCUUCCGCUGACAACAUGUGAAUCGACGGCUUGUAGGGAUAAUCAAAGUCGCACCUGUGAAACAAUUUGUGAGGCAAACACCAAAUCUACAGUGAAAUGCACAAUACGUGCGUUGGUGUUAUUGCCCGAGGAUGACAUCUAUGUAGCAUCACUAAAACGUGUACUGCCCAUACUGCAAGUAGCAGAAGACAAAAUACACGAAACUCAAUUAAUACCACGUAACAUACACUUCGAAUGGAUGCCCAAGGAUGACAAGUGUGAUGCAGCAUAUGCUUCUAUUGGCGCAAUGGAUGGUAUUGUCAAAGAUUGUGCACAUGUCAUAUUUGGACCAGUGUGUGAUUAUUCUUUGGCUGCUGUGGGUCGUAUUACCAAAUAUUUCAACAAUCAUGGCACUCCAUUGAUCUCAGUUGGUGGUUCCACAUACGCCUUUGAGAAGAAGAAAACAGCUUGUGCUGAUGAAUUUUACAUGCUCUUACGUACAGGCAUGUUAAGCUUUGAAACGAUAUCCGAAAUGACCAUAUCAGUUAUGAAACGCAACAAAUGGUAUCACUCGGUUUUUUUCUAUGAACCGGAUGGUCAAAAAAAUGUUGCCGGCUUACAUACUUGUUUCCUGAUGAUGAACAGUUUAGGAAAACAAAUGCGUAAAGAAAACAUGACCUUUGCACAACAUCCUUUGGACGUAAAAGUGGAGAACCGCAGUAUGGAAAUGAUACGUGAAAUUGGCAAUAAACAUGGAAGUAAGUAG